GAUCUGCCUAACCUGUUCGUACAUAUCAAUUUAAGGAAACGCAAUGGAUGACUUCUAUAAUGAUUCCUUUGGUGACCAGUGUCUCAUGGAAUUGGACAUAAUCAAUGCUGUAUCAACAGGAACUGACACUGUCAGUGAACCAGUUUCACCGGCUAAGAAUAUUACAGUGAACAAUCGAUUGCCAGUGGAGAAUACACCGUCAAUACCAAAGAUACCUGACCAUUUCAUUGAUUUCCCUUAUCCUAAACCUUACACUCAACAAUUAGAAUUGAUGCAAACUGUAUAUAAAACACUUGAAACAACUUCUUGUGGUGUAUUUGAAAGUCCUACUGGUACUGGUAAAUCACUCAGUCUGUUAACAGCAUCACUACGUUGGCUAUUAGAUUAUAAUGCAAAACAGUUAUUGCGUUUAGAUCACCUUCAAAGUCAAAUAAAAUCAAUGACAACUUCAAAUGAGAAUAACAAAGAGAAUAAUAAUACAACUGUUGAUGAUUGGAUAAAAGAUUUUGAAGUAAAUCGUCAAUUGAAACGACAGAUUGAACCACAAAUUGAAGAUCUCAUAGUCUACCAGUCUAGUUUACAGUUGAUUGAGAAAAUCAAACUAACCAAGACUCCGUCUUCAUCAUUGUCAACCUUACAACUUACUGAUUCUCCAUCGAAAGUUAAAAAACUAGAAAGUACUUCUGAAACUGUUGACGUUGAAAAGUUGGAGAAUUUUAUCAAAGUGACUAGCGAAGAGGAUUGUGAUGCUGUAGACGCUGAUGAUGAUCUAUUUCUGUGUGAACAGAAACCAGAAGUAGAACAAUUUCAAUUACUUGAAGACAUAGAUGAGUUGAACGCCAAUGAAAAUGAAUUUGACCAGUAUUCCAAAAACAAACAGCAGCCAGACAACGGUUUACUCCGUAUCAUUUAUUGUAGUCGUACACAUUCACAAUUGGGACAAAUUGCUAAAGAAUUUAAUAAAUGUAAAACUCUGUUUGAUAAAGUCACAAUGAUUCAGCUAUCAUCAAGAUAUUUAUUAUGUACAAAUAAACAAGUCUAUGAAUUAAAACAUUCUGAUUUAAUAAAUAUCGCGUGCCUUGAAUUAAAUCGGCCGCGUAAUCGUGAUGAAAAACAAAUUAAAAAAUUCAAGUGUCCAAUGCGUAAUUUAUCCGCCGUAAAUAAUUUAGCUAAUUAUUUGUUAGUAGGCAGCAAUUCAGCUAUGGAUGUAACCAGCAUUAUAAGAAAUAAUCAAGAGACUAAGCCUUCUCGUACAUUGAAACCCAUGAACAGUAAUAAGAAUUCUCUGAAUAAUCACCGUAAAGGCGAUACAGAAGAUUUGCAGCCGUUAGAUUUUCAUAUCGGUUGUCCAUAUUAUGCUAAUCGUAAGGGUAUACCGUUGGCUCAGUUAAUUUUAGUCCCAUAUUCCUUGUUAUUACAGUCAUCAAGUCGUUCAACGUCUGGUUUAAAAUUGAAAAAUUCAAUUAUCAUUAUUGAUGAAGCUCAUAAUCUGUUAGAUGCAAUGGCAUCAUCAAUGUCAGUGAAUUUACUGCUGAUAAAUGAUCUGUACAGAUUAGAAGAGCUGUUCACUGAUUAUUUAAAUUAUUAUCGUUCACGAUUGUCAACAUUUCUAGCCUUAAGAUUACGUCAAAUGAAACACUUUGUACACCAAUUAAAGGCAUACUUAAACAAUAUACAUAAAAAUAUGCUGAAAACAUCAAUGUCUGCAGAUUCCUCCGUGAUGACUUCAUCUAACAAUAUUAUCAUUAAAACGGUGAAUCAGUUAUAUUCAGAAUCGAAUUUAGAUAAUAUAAAUGUGAGUGAAUUUACUGACUGUUUAGAAUAUCAACAUUUUAUUAUGAAAUUGAUUGGUUUCUCGAAAUGGUCAAAUAGACGAAUAAAACAGACGAAUUCUUCAUCAGAGAAUAUGUCUAUUCAGCAGAGGACAACAUCGAAUUCACAGCUGACUAAUAUUUUAGCUAGUAUGAAACGAAAAUAUACUGGUGAUGAUAAAAGCGAACUGGAGGAUGUCAAUCAAGUUAAUAUUGCGAAUAAAAGAUGUAAAAUGGAUAUCGAGAAAUCUGAAGGAAUUGGUUCUAGUUUAUUUAAAUUCCAUAGAUUUCUUCAGGCUUUAGCCCAAUGUGAAGAAGAUGCACGUAUAGUUAUUGAAUUAGUCAAGAAUUCAACAAAGGCUGAUGAUAUAACAACAUCUGAGUCUGGUCUGCCUACUUCAUCGAAUGUCAAUAUUACGAAAGAUAAUCAAGAUUUAUGCAUCAGUGUAAUAUUUUUAAAUCCUGGAAGGUAUUUAAAAGAAUUAGUACAAGAAGCAAGAUGUGUUCUUCUAGUAGGUGGUACAAUGCAACCCUUUGCUGAAGCCAUUGAACAAAUCUUUCUACCAGCUGGUAAACUAACCAGUCAAAUAGUCACCUUUUCAUGUGAUCAUGUGAUUGACGCUAAAACGCAAUUGGCUGUUUAUCCCUUAGGCGAAAACUAUCAUACUGACGGGAAAGUACUGUCUUUAGAUUUUACAUAUCAGAAACGUUCCAAUCCCAAGAUGAUGGAUGCAUGUGGUAAUAUCAUUUUACAGAUAUGCCAAGAACUACCAGCCGGGAUUGUUGUCUUUACUCCUUCCUAUGAGUAUCAGUCAAUUUUAUAUCAACAUUGGGAGACUACAGGUUUAUUAAACAAGCUAACAAAGUAUAAAAGUUUAUUUCAUGAACCAAAAUCAACUGCAAAUUUAGAUCAGAUCAUGCAAGCAUAUGGUGUAGCAGCUAAACAAAAACUUCAGCAUAGACAAGGAGCUCUUUUGUUAUGUGUAAUCGGAGGGAAAUUGAGUGAAGGGAUAAAUUUCACCGAUGACUUGGCUCGAGUGGUAGUCAUUAUUGGUAUGCCGUAUGCAAAUCCUCAAUCACCGAUAUUACGAGAAAAAAUGGCUUAUUUAGAUCGCCAUUUCUCCGAUAAACCGUCGUCUGGUAUUCUACAACAACCGAUUCAAAAUCCAGGUCGACGUUAUUACGAGGCAAUGUGUAUGCGUUCAAUAAACCAGGCUAUCGGUCGUUCUGUACGACAUGCUAAAGACUAUGCUGUUGUCUUUUUAUUAGACAGUAGAUAUUAUCGUCCAACGGUUCAAUCACAGUUACCUAAAUGGGUUCAACAAGGUGUUAUUCGACGAACAGAUGAUAGUAAAAACUCAACAACUUCAUCGUUAUCAAAUCAGAAUAAAUACUUGAAUUUGUCUGAAGCCUUAGCCAAUGCUAAAAAAUUCUUUGAGCUUAAUAGAGAGCGUUUUAAAGAAGAUGUUGAACUCUAAGACUUUGAGAUUACCUCUUGGAUUUUUCUGUCAUUUUUGACUUUAUUUGUAGAACUUUUUAUACUAUUAUUCUUUUCUCUGAUAAACGUUGUCUUUUUGUCUUUUAUGCAUUUGACAAGCAGCAUUUCUCAGGAAGAAUUUAUUCACUGACUGUGAUCAGAUAGAUUUUGUUUUUCCUAUUUCUUCUAUACUUGCAUUUACUUUGCAUAUGAAUGAUUAGUAUUUUUUCAGAUUUAACAGAAAAAGAAACAAUGUACAUUUCUUCUUCAUUGUGUUUGUCACUGUUAUUACGGAUGAGGCUAUCUGAGAUAUUUUUGUGUUAGUAGAUUGUACUCGUACUAUUACACACUCUUUAUGCAUGUCUGACGUUGUGAUGUGACAUGUUAUGCGAAUAGACGUGAAUGUGACUUAUAUUGACUUUCAUUCUGGUCAGUCAUGAGUACUGAUGUAAAAGGCGAAAUUCGGCAAAUAUUGGGAACUUGGUCAGUAUAAUUUGGUGAACACAAAGAAGACUGGAC